CAAUUAUUAGAAAUCAUAACACAUACAUGUCGAACCCGUAUAGUAAUUGAAUGUCCGUAUUUGUCUUAUUAACGGCUGUUAUAUUUGACUGUGCCUGGGGCUGACACUGACAGACGUGUCCAGCAGCUGCUCGAGACAAACAGUCACCGUGAGCGCAUAUCACUGGCAGCUUUCACCCCCACAGCCAAACCAUUCAAUGCGAGCAAAUUGUCAAGGUAGUGGACCGCAGGGGACGUGGGGCGUAGCAGCAGAAAUGUUAGCUAGCUCUAGCUAAAUUUGAUGGAAAAAGCUGCUUCGAUGCAAGCGGUCCAGCCAGGUGAUCGUAUGCUACUGCUUCUGUUCUAGCUAACAGGCAAUUUGCUGGUCAGUAGCAAGCUAACUUUAGCCUGGUGAGUUUCUGACCAGGGCCCUGUUUGUGCUUCUUGAUAUCUAACUUAACUACGCUUUCGGAAAAUUCAAGGGCCAUGGAUUUCCCGGGCCACUUCGAGCAGAUCUUUCAGCAGCUCAACUAUCAGCGUGUCCAUGGUCAGCUGUGCGACUGUGUCAUUGUGGUGGGCAGCAGACACUUCAAGGCCCACCGCUCGGUGCUGGCCGCCUGCAGCACCCACUUCAGAGCUCUGUUUACUGUUGCAGAGGGAGAUGCUAGUAUGAACAUGAUCCAGCUGGACAGCGAGGUGGUGACAGCUGAAGCUUUUGCUGCCCUGGUGGACAUGAUGUACACCUCCACACUGAUGCUGGGGGAGAGCAACGUCAUGGAUAUCCUCCUUGCAGCCUCACAUCUGCACCUCAACAAUGUAGUCAAGGCCUGCAAACACUACCUGACCACGCGCACCCUGCCCAUGUCCCCCUCAUCUGACAGACCCACCCAUCACCACCCUCAGCAGGAGCAGCAGAGGCACAGGCAGCAGCAGCAGCAACAGCAAGUAGCAGAUUUAGCAGUGAACCCUACUCUAGCAGCUAAUGCUAACCUCGCAGCAAACGCUGCCACAUCAAAGUUGCAGCGCUCCUUCCUCCUGCAGCAGCUGGGGCUCAGCUUGGUGAGCUCUGCUUUGGGUGGGAUGGAGGACGACGGAGUUGGAAAUGUAGUUGGUAGAGGAGUGGUUGAACAGAGAGCCUCCUUCCCAAUCCGACGCUUCCACAAACGCAAGCCCUCUCUGGCCCUGGGCCUGUCAGAGGAGAGACCCAGGCAGAGGCAGCGACCCUCUGCCCCUAACCUGGGGCUGUUAGGAGAAGGAGGGGUGAACGCUGAGCGAGAGGAAGGAGCGCUACUCUCCCCGGACUCCCACAAGAUGGGGGAUGAAUCCAAAUUGGACACCGCAAUCACUGGCCUAGUAGGGGUGUCCCAAGAUGAUCCUCAGAUGCCCAGCCAGUCGGACAGUGGACAUUGUGAGAGGGAAGACUUGGGGAGAAUCCAGGGAGGGGUGAGCAAGGAGGAGGACAUGGAAGACCAGGACCACCAGGACAACAGAGCAGGGGUGAAGAUCAAAUCAGGGACAGAGGAGGCAGAAGAACAGGAACAGAAGGUGGUGGUUAAACAAGAGCCGCUAAGUUCGCCUGAGCCAACUGAUGAAAUCAGCGAUGUGACAUCUCAGGCUGAAGGCAGCGACCCGGCUGAGCCCGGAGGCCGGGAGGAGGAGGAGAAGGCGGAGCUGAGCCCAGAGAGCAGCGACCGCAGCUUCACCUCUGAACCCCAACCCAGCUCUGACUCCCUGCUGCAACCCAGCUCCCAGCUUCUCCUCAAGAGUAGCAUGGGUGGAGGCACCGGAGUCGGAGGAGGUUUUGGGUGUAAUAACGGACUUGGUGGCAAAUCUGGUUUUAGUAUUUCCAGCUUCCUCGGCCCUAAGGAUUACGGAAGUGGCGGGGCAGGGUUGGUUGCUGGAGAGGAUGACCUCCCCAACACAACAACUGGCGAUGCAGUAGCGCAUCACUUCCUGCUCAGACAGGAAGCUGCUGGACCAUCCGGCUCUGCUUCUUCCUCCCUUCUGCAGUCAGGACCACUCGGUGGUGAGAGUCGCAACGGUUUUGGAGACAACCUACAAGCUGAUUCUCUAUUCCUCCACCCCCUGCAUGAAGGUUUAGGCAACCCUAGAGGAAGUGGGGGCAGUGGUAGUGGAGGGCGUGCAGGAGUAGAUCCCUUUGGUUUGGACUUCCAGCGCUCUAGCCUGGGGCUUCACUCCCUGGCACGACCCUCCCGAGGGGCAGGAGGAGCGACUGCUGCUGCUCUGGGUUAUCCAGGUUACAGACGUAUUGCUCCAAAAAUGACUACGGGCAUGGGAGGAGGAGGAGGAGAAGAAGAAGUAAGUGGUGUCCUCCAGGACGCCGCCUCUUCCUCCUCAAGUCUGGCAAGUCCUCUGCUUCUAAACAAGAGUGGUGGGUAUGAGAUGAACAGUGGCAGGCCAACCUCCCUCCCCCCUCAGCUGACCCGAGCUUCAGCCGACGUUCUCUCCAAGUGCAAGAAGGCUCUGUCGGAGCAUAAUGUCUUGGUGGUUGAGGGAGCUCGGAAGUACGCCUGUAAAAUCUGCUGCAAAACCUUCCUCACACUGACUGACUGCAAGAAACACAUCCGCGUCCACACGGGAGAGAAACCCUACGCGUGUCUCAAGUGUGGAAAGCGCUUCAGCCAGUCCUCCCACCUAUACAAGCAUUCCAAGACCACCUGUCUGCGCUGGCAGAACAGUAACAUGUCCAACGCCCUGCUGUAGGACCGAGGUUACUGCAUCAAAGUAGAGUGCGCCGACAGAAUGAAUACAUUAGGAAUCAGUGAUGGGCUGAAUUUAAAGUCCCAAACAUGUUUCGAUUUUUCUGAAGUUGUGACAGAGCAGCUGGAUCUGAUCAGCUGUUCUGUUCAAACUAACCAGUCCUGAUCACAGACCAAAGAUAGGGUUGAUAAAGUAAUCAUACAUUUUCUUUUCCUGGAGAAACCCAUACUAUGAAGUCAGUAAAAGUUAUUGUAAACACAUUUAGCUUGUAGAAAUAUUAUAUGGAUGCAGAACAUGUAAAAGCACCACAUUUAUUGCUAUGGAUUCAUCAUAGAGUACCAUAGAUAUACACUGUAUACUCCCCUGUAAAAAUAUCAUAAGAGUAUUAUGAGAAUCACUGCCAAUACAUGCUGGACUUUGCAUAAUAUGAUCUGGAUCAGUCUACAGCAGGCUUGGCUUUUAAAGCUGCCACACUGUUGGCUAUAUUAUGUUUCUAAAAGGUAUCAUGUGGGCCCUCUCUUUGUUAAGUGAAAUUUAUAUCUGUUGAGGUGAUCCCUUAAUGCUUAUUGAAGCAAAUUUGACUCAAUAACACUCAAUCUGAGGGUUUGCAGAUCAGAGGCAGCUGUGCAGCACCAACAUUAAGAACAAAUAGCAUGUAAAAUAGUUUAUAUGUAUAUUUUUCAUUGCACAUUUGUAAAACAUGUAGCAGCAACCGUAACCGUGCAUAUUGAUUAUGCCUUGUUCUGUGCAAGGGCAGUCAUACAGACUGUGGACAAAUUGAUUCUGAUUCAGUUUGGGCGGCAGAUAUAUAAUGCCUGUAAGUACUGUUGAUGGUUGUGUGCUCUUGAUACUUAGUCUACUGUACAAAAAGGUGGAUAGAGUCAGUGAGACAGGCCUGGGUAAUGCUGACAUCUGUAACUUUUUCAACCAACAGAGAAGAUGACAGGGAAUACAGUGUUGUGUUGUUGUUGUUUUUUUUACCCUGUUGGUAUGCAGUGACAAUGUGGUCAACUAGACAAGUAAUAUAAACUUGAUUCUUUUAUUUACUGAAGUUAUUAAAUUUGAGGCGAUUGACUUUGUCGGCCAGGACAGAAGCAACCCAAAAAAUACACUGUUCAACAUUUCUCAAUAGCUGAUAAAGGAUAUUCAUGCAUAUUUAACCACCAAGUCAAAUUGAUGUGAGAAGCACCUUUGAAUUACCAUCAUCCGAAGGGUUGCUGAGCUCAGGUAAAGUUGAGAAUAUGUCUGGUACCUGGCAAGGUAAUUCAAUUUGCACUGAUGGAAUAAAUGUCUGGCUUUGAAACAUUUUAUACCUGUAGUUUGUCAAAUACAAGUUUUGGAGAAAUGGGAAACGUUUAAUUGCGCUAAUCAACCUCUUGUCCCAUUUUGCGCUUUCCCGACAGAGCUAUUAACCUUAGAAUUAAGUUGCAUUGUUUAGGGGAGCAAAAAAAAUCAGAACAAUGAGGGACAGAAAAGUGUCAACUUGCACCAUCUUUGUAUUCAAAACGGGGGAAAAAAUGUGCAUUCGCUGGGCCUUGCAGUCUCUUUUUGAGAAAACUAAUAUUGUUAUAAUAUUGCAUUAUAAUGCCAUUUUAAUACCUAGAUAACAACUUCACAGGAAAAUGCGCUGUAAAUGCACCUUAAUUUGUGUCAUGAUGUGCAAAACUUGCAAUCUGUAGUGAUUUUCAAUUGUAUAAGAUAUGGCACUGAGAGACUCCUUGUUGGUUACUGACUGGGAAUGACCACAAAACGUUCAGUUGUGGCCAACAAGUUUACUUAUCGUCCACACAUCAGCCAAGUUUCCUGGUCACUGGUGUUCUUGUGUGUACAGUAUUUGUGUUUAUUACAAGGGCAAUGAAGUUGUGCUGAGAGGCAGUCGUAAACAUUGCGGAUUUGUGGUUGGUUUCAUCAUUUUUCUCUUGGAGGAGAGACAAAAAACUCAUUAAGAACGAAACAUUUGAAUAUGUUUGCUACUGUACUUGAUAUCAGUGCGUUAUACAUGUCUCUUUAUACAUUGUAUGUUACAAAAGCACUUAGACAAAUCAUUCUUUUUCGUAAUUAAUAUGUUUACUGAAAUGUUGCGCUAUGUGAAAAUGUUGCUGUAUUGCAAUUAUCCAACUCUACCAGCUCUCACGGGUUUCUCCUUCUUUUACACUACCAUCAGGAUGCGUUUGCAAGCUAAGGGUUGCAGCAUUUUUGCAGGCAGGUGAUCUAUAAUACACGAUUUUCACAGUUUAUGAAAUGCAAAUACACAUGGGGCAAAUUCAAAAAAGACUUUUACAGCUUCUCAUUUUUUAAUGUUAAUUUCAGGAGUUUUAGCUGUUUUUUAUGUAAGUAACUGUAUUUUAAUGUCUACCUGUAACUUGAUAAAUGCUGUCAUACUGUGUUUGACAAAUAUGUUUCAGUUGACAAUUUGCGUAAGAUUCAAAAAUAACACAGACAUGCUGAGAAGAAAUCUAAAUUUGCACCUCAUAAAAAAUAACAUCAUACAAAGGAUUUUUACAUCGACUCCGUUUUGGAUGCCUGACUUCCUGUGGUAAAUACGAGCAGCUUCAUUGGUAGACAGUUGGUUAAUUGAAAUCAGUGUCCAUGCAGUGUUGUAGAGUUCUGUUUAAGGGAACCAAAAUGAAAACAUUAUAUGCUUACAUACAUGUUUGCCUUUUUGUAUACUUUAUUGCUUGCUGUAUUGCGUCACCUACACUGUCAGUGAGAAACACAUGGUCAUUGCUUUCACUUCUUGUUGGCACCUUAUUGUACUGUAGAGUCAUUACACUGUUGGCCUGUACAAAAUGGCAAUUUUAUUUGACACAUGUUAAUGGUUAAUCUUGACUUUUUACUUCAGAAGAAUAAUUGCCUUAUAGGAUGUUCUCCCUGUAAACAUAAGCUAACCUACCCUUUGCCCUGUAAUUCUUGACGCUUUUGAAUCAGUAGUAAAGCUUGGCCACAGAAUUUAAAAUGACUGCUGAUGGUUAAAUCCCAAAUCUGACGUCUGUUCCUCUGUGUUCCCUACUCACAUUCAGCCUCCUCCACAUUUGGGAAAGAGGUAGCUGGGAUACCCUCUUGAGAAAUACAGAGUUGUAGAGGUGAUGUAGAUGUAGUCCUCCAAAAUGGCUUCCAUGUCUCACACAGUGGCCUGUUAAGGAUUAUUAUGGUGCUGUCUUCUAAAGCUGUUGCAUAAACGAUUAAUGUGAAUUUCAGAAGAAUGCACUGACUGUAUUACCCUGUAUGAAUAUGCCAACAUUUUAAAAUAUAUAAAAGGCCUAAAUUGAUUAUGAAAGUCACAGCCUUAUGCCCUCUAGCUUGAAAAGCUGGGCUUUUGUUGAUAUGCCAAAUCUGAAGUAUUUCUGUGUCUUUUUCUGUAUACCUAACAUAGUGUAACCAUGAGAGGACUAAAUGUUUGUCUCGUUACUGUUGAAGGCUAUGAAGAUUGUAUGGUAUGUUCAGUUGUUGUAUAGACUGAAUUAAAAAAAAAAAUGAAAUUCAGUUUUA